UUCAUUAUGACAUGCGAUGGGCUAUGAGCUAGGAGCCCGGCCUGUUUUGAAUUUUAUCAUGUUUUGGUGAAAAAUGAUACCAUUUAUCGCAUACAUUUGAAUAAAAAUCCUAUUAUUUUAUGCUAUUGUAACAGUUAAAUUGAAGCAAAGUAUUCGGAAUACAUUAAAUAGUGAAAUAUAUCAUUAACAUAGGUAGUAACAACUGUGGUUUGUUGUUCAUUAGUUUGACCUUCUCAAGGUGACCGAUCCGAUACACGACUUCUCGACAGGCAUUACAUCCACUAGUCUGAGAUACCGCGGUUGAUAGACUGGUCGGCUGUUUUCGUUUAAAAUGAGUGUUCAAUCAGAUAUAGAGAAGCGCAAGCAGAUAUCUGUACGAGGAAUUGUUGCAGUUGAGAAUGUAGCAGAGGUGAAAAAGGCGUUCAAUCGUCAUGUGCAUUAUACCUUGGUGAAAGACCGUAAUGUUGCUACUCCGAGGGAUUAUUACUUCGCCUUGGCACACACUGUUAGGGAUCACCUCGUCUCUCGCUGGAUCAGAACUCAACAGUAUUACUAUGAGAAGGAUCCUAAGCGUGUCUACUACUUGUCCUUGGAGUACUAUAUGGGCAGAUCCCUUCAAAAUACGAUGAUCAACUUGGGCAUCCAAGGGACUGUGGACGAGGCCUUGUACCAAUUGGGUUUAGAUAUUGAGGAGUUGGAAGAGUUGGAAGAGGAUGCUGGUUUGGGCAAUGGAGGCCUAGGAAGACUGGCAGCUUGCUUUUUGGACUCUAUGGCUACUUUGGGCUUAGCAGCAUAUGGUUAUGGUAUAAGGUACGAAUACGGCAUCUUCGCCCAGAAAAUUGAGAAUGGCGAGCAACAGGAGGAGCCCGACGACUGGCUUCGCUACGGGAACCCCUGGGAGAAGGCAAGACCAGAGUUCAUGUUGCCGGUCAACUUCUACGGCAAAGUGGUCGACACGCCCGAGGGAAAGAAAUGGAUAGAUACACAGGUGGUGUUCGCGAUGCCGUACGACAACCCGAUCCCCGGGUACAACAACAAUGUAGUCAACACGUUACGAUUGUGGUCCGCUAAGAGUCCCAUCGACUUCAAUCUACGCUUCUUCAAUUCUGGUGACUACAUCCAAGCCGUGCUCGACCGCAACGUUGCUGAAAACAUAUCUCGGGUUUUGUACCCUAACGACAACUUCUUUGAAGGCAAGGAACUGCGUCUCCGGCAGGAAUACUUUAUGUGCGCUGCCACUCUGCAAGACAUCAUCCGUAGAUACAAAUCCUCCAAGUUCGGCUGCCGCGAUGCCGUCCGAACUACCUUCGACAGUCUCCCUGACAAAGUAGCCAUACAACUGAAUGACACCCACCCAGCUCUGGCCAUCCCUGAGCUGCUGAGAAUUCUCGUCGACAUCGAGAAAGUACCUUAUGAUGAAGCUUGGAAGCUAGUCGUCAAGUGCUGCGCUUACACCAACCACACCGUUCUCCCUGAAGCGCUCGAAAGGUGGCAUUGCUCCAUGUUGGAGAACGUUUUGCCGAGGCAUAUGGAGCUGAUUUAUCACAUCAACUUCCUUCAUUUACAAGAGGUCGCUAAGCGCUGGCCGGGCGACAUGGAUCGCCUGCGUCGCAUGUCUCUUAUCGAGGAGGAGGGCGAGAAACGCGUCAACAUGGCGCAUCUGUGCGUAGUAGGCUCUCACGCGGUCAACGGAGUGGCCGCGAUACACUCUGAUAUCCUCAAGGCGACUGUUUUCCGCGACUUCUACGAGAUGUGGCCCGAGAAGUUCCAGAACAAGACUAACGGUAUUACUCCGCGUCGUUGGCUGCUGCUUUGCAACCCAGGUCUUUCUGAUCUUAUCUGCGACAAGGUCGGCGACGAGUGGACCGUGCACUUGGACCAGUUGCAGCAGCUGAAAAAGUGGGCGAAGGACCCGGCGUUCCAACGAGCGGUGAUGAAGGUCAAGCAGGAGAAUAAGCUGAGGUUGGCCGCUUUGAUCGAGCGUGAUACCGGCGUCAAAAUUAAUCCCGCCUCCAUGUUUGAUAUCCAGGUGAAGCGUAUCCACGAGUACAAACGUCAGUUGCUGAACAUCCUGCACGUAGUCACGCUGUACAACCGCAUCAAGCGAGACCCGGGCCUGGCUGUGACCCCGCGAACUGUCAUGAUUGGCGGCAAAGCGGCCCCUGGGUACUACAUCGCCAAGCAGAUCAUCGCGCUUGCUUGUGCAGUCGGGAAUACUGUGAACAAUGACCCCGACGUGGGCGACAAGUUGAAACUGAUCUUCCUGGAGAACUAUCGUGUGACGCUCGCCGAGCGCAUCAUGCCCGCCGCCGACCUCAGCGAACAGAUCUCUACAGCUGGUACAGAAGCUUCCGGCACUGGUAACAUGAAAUUCAUGUUGAACGGUGCACUCACGAUUGGCACCAUGGACGGCGCCAACGUCGAGAUGGCGGAGGAAGCCGGGGAAGGCAACAUGUUCAUAUUCGGCAUGAGAGUCAAUGAUGUCGAGGACUUGCAGAGGAAAGGUUACAACGCCUACGAGUACUAUGAGCGCAAUCCGGAACUGCGCCAGUGUAUUGAGCAGAUCCGCAGCGGUUUCUUCUCCCCGGGCGAGCCGGGCAAGUUCGCGCACAUCGCUGACGUCCUGCUGCACCACGACCGGUUCCUGCACCUCGCCGACUACGACGCCUAUAUCGAGGCGCAGCAGAAAGUGUCGGACGUCUACCAGGACCAAGCCAAGUGGGCUGAAAUGGUGAUCCACAAUAUCGCGUCGUCCGGCAAGUUCUCAUCCGACCGCACGAUCGCAGAAUACGCUCGUCAAAUCUGGGGUGUGGAGCCGACCUGGGAAAAACUCCCCGCUCCCCAUGACACCGCGGCCUAAAUACCUGCCAACCACGGGUGCAGCUCGCUUCUCUGUAUUUGGACUAAGUAUUCUAUAGCACUCCGAUACGGACUACGUUAGUUAAAUUAAACGCAUAUUUAUUAUUAUACAUGUAAACUAGAAUUUUGCGCGUGUCUUGAAGAACAAGUGUCUUCUCAAGAAGUUUUGUAGAAUUGUUGUCUAAAGCUUAGAAUCAGAUGAGAUAGAUUUUUAAUGCCAUUUUUGGACUUAGAAAGUUACAGGCACGUAAACAGUAAAUAAAUGGAUUUAUGACAUAAAAUGAAUCUCUAUCAGCCAAUAAAUGAUCAUUGUUCCAGUCUAGUACUGGUAAUUAAUACUUAUAUCUUUCUAAAGCUAUAUGAGAUCUAAAGUCUAAAGAAUAAGUCGGCAAGCAAAUCGUUUACAUAUGUAAAUGAAAAGCCCUUUUACAAUAGCCAUUACGCGACGGUAUACAUGAAUUUGCUGUUUAUAACUGUCUAUUUUUGUAUGAAUGUUUGUUGUAAUCUGCUAUUCACAUUUUUAAAGUUGAGUGUUGUCAAUUAUUGAUUGAAAUGAUGCCUUACUUUUGAUUGAUAUUAUGACAUAAACGAACUAGUGCUUGUACUACGUCCCAAUAGUUAAUCGGAUUUUAAUUUUUUUAUGUUAUGAGUGAAUUAUUAAAAACUAGGAAAUUAUAUGAGGCUAAAAUGUUAUUUUGCCGCUAUAUAACAUCAAGUGUGUCAGGAUUUACUGAACUCAAAACACUGCAUACUUAAGAAUAAUACUUUUGAAUGAGAUUAGUAUUUUUAAAUACCUAAAUUUAUAUUUAUCUUGCAAUGUUAAAAGUAUUUGCAAGGCCUGUGCUAAUUAAUGUAGUGUUAUAUGUUUAAAGAGUCUAGUAGUCCAUUUUAAAAUGUUACCUAUGAAAAGAAGUUUUAUUGAAACGGAAUAAGAAUUCCAAUUUAAAAUUUUAAAUUGUCCGAAUGAACAUUUAACAUUUGGUACAUGACAGAGUUCUUACCGAAUUAUUUUACUAAAGUCACAAUUUAUUUUUGUACUUUUUUAUAUCUUUGAAUUGUACGUCCUAAUUCCUUUCUCUUUUAUAUGUAACUCUUUUACUACAUAUAAUAUCUUUAAUACAUUUAGAAGAUUAGGUGCAAGAGCCAUCUUUUGCGGCAGCUCGGUGUCCUAGCAUGUUUGUCUAUUCUAAUAUUAGAUACUUCUUCUUUAUUGUAGAAUUUAAGGUAUUCUUUUUUAUUUAUUUUGUGCCAUAUACUAUUUAUUAUAACAGUUUACAUACUAUUGCAGAGUCAAAUUUAGAUAAAAUGUUACAUUUGAUUGAUUUAUUUGUAUACCUAUAGUAAAUUGAGUAAGAAAAUAAAUAUUAUAAGUAACAAAAAUUUAAGUUCAGGCUUAAAAGAUAAUUAAUUGUUUAUAAUUGCCACAAAUUCGACCUUCUUUUUCAAUAAACAUUGUAAUC